UUCCAAUCGUAUUACGAUCGGCAUAAAUUUAGCGAUUGGCCUUCGGACUGGCCACUUAUUGAUGACGUUAUGCCACAGUUUUCAUCGCAUCUCGAUCGACUCGAUCGCAAUUGGCGCUCGGAUCCAUUCUGGCGAGAUUUAUAUCCAAGAUGGGCUGAACCAAUCUUUAAGGAAGGUAUAGAUAUUAAAUCAAAAAUUACCAAUAAUUCAACGCGUUUUGCUGUAGACGUUGACGCAUAUCAGUUUCGACCUGAGGAAAUACAAGUAAAAACUAUCGAUGAUACAUUGUUGAUUGAAGGACGUCAUGAAGAUAUUCGAGAUCGUGAUAAUUUCACGAAAAUGUAUUUCGUCCGCAAAUACCAAUUACCGAAUGAUGUGGAGCCAGCUGAUAUUUCAAGUACAAUUGAUAGUACGGGUCGAUUAACCGUGGAAGCAUCAAAACGCCCUCAUCGAGCGGUUACGAAUGAACGGAUCAUUCCCAUUGAAUGUCCUUCCAGAAGAGGUACAGAUUCUCGAGCUUCUCGUAGUGAACGAACAGAUGAAUAUCGACCAUCGAGAAACAUGGACCAGAAAUCAGUUGAAUUGAGCGAUUACCAUGCCAAUGAGCACCGAGAAUAUCGUUCCGAAUCUCGAAGUGAUUAUCGUUCGGAAUCUCGAUUAAACAAUAUCCAACCAGAAACGAAUCGUUAUUCAAGAACUGUGACUCGAAGUAAUGGCUAUCCAAAAACGAAUAGCGUUUCAUCUGUGCAAAUCAAAAAGAUCGACCCAACAUCGCUAAGAUCGGAUUCAAGAACGGAAAGUGCUCGAAGUGUGCAGAUUCUCAAAAAGCAGUUUGAAUGA